AUGGACGAGCCCGGCGGGAUCCAUUCACCGCCAUCUCCUCCUCCUCCUCCUCCUCCACUUCGGGGUCCCCCCCCUUCCCCCGGCUCCUUUUUCCCCUUUUCUUUUCAUUCUCUCGGCAAUGGGGCGGGGAAGGGCACCUGCCACAACUUCAAGGGCGAGGAGGUUCGGGCUGGGGAGGAGGAGGAGGAGGAGGAGGGGGCAAAGACCUCGCACCAGGACCCCAGACCCCCUUACCGCAGAGAGGGGCGCCGCACCACGACCCCCAGGACCACCGGACCUCCUUUCCCUGGGGCGGGGGCUGCCCACCGGGACCCCCUUCCCCGGCAGGAGCUCGGCACUGGGACCCCCUUAGAGCAGAGGGGGGCUCAAAACGGAACCCCCAGCUCGUCCCCUCCCCUCUCACCGGCUCCACAGCGGCUGCGGGGCCGCAGCCCGAAGGGGAAAUUCCCACCCCCAAAUUCGCUGCUGCUCGACUUUCGGCGCCCGCCGCUCUCAGCUCGGCGCCACCGCGGCCACCGGGCAGGGCCAGCGCGGUCCCCGCACGGUGCUCGUGGCCUCUCCUCCCGCUGCCCAGGUGCGAUGGAGAUGCAGGAGGUGUUCCUGCAGCUCUGGGGGGAGCUGGCCCGGCUGCAGGAGCUGUGCUCGGAGCAGGGGCGGCUUCUCCAGAGGCUGAGGGCCAGGAAGGGACCGGUCCUGGACAUCCCGGUGUCGCUGCCUGUCCAGUGCACGGAGGAUGUGGGGACAGGGGACGGACAGAGGUCACCUGAGAGCCACCAAAACCCCCCAGGAGCUCCGACCUCCUCCACACCCCACCUGGAGGGCUCUGCCUGUCCCAUGGGACAGCCCUGGGCCACCAAGAGGCUCCCCCUGAGCCCUGGGCACGGCACCGGAGCUGCAGCAGCCGCAGGAGCCGCAGGUCCUGGCAGCACCAAGGAGGACAAGGGGGAAGCGCCCGCCCAGAGGAGAACCUGGAUCCUCCCAGUGCCCUGGGAAGGAGGGAGCGCUCCCCACAGCCCUCAGGAGAUGGAGACACUAAACCCAGGGCCUGGGGACUCCUUCCCAAAUCUCCUGGAUCUCUACGAAGCCCCUGAAGCACUUGAGAGGGAAGAGGCUCCCAGGGAUGUGGCUCUGGUGGAGAUCCGAGGGCCUGUGAAGACCUGCUGGACUCCGGGCUGGGUGCUGGAGGAGGGAAUGCUCAGCCCCAGCGCUGAGGCUGCCCCGGGCUGUGAGCUGUGCCAGGAGAUUCUGCCCUCGGAGGCAGCAGGACACACGGAAUAUCUGAGCCACCUGCUGCUCCACCUCGAGUAGGACACGUCCUCCCAGUGGGAAAUCCAUGGAUCUGCACCCUGAGCCAUGAGACAGACUCUGGCCAUGUCCCAUUUGCAUGGGGGACAGACUCUGGACAUUUCCACAGGACAGACU